CGCACGACGACUUUCAGUUCUCAAACCAAAGCCCAUCAGGGCAACUGUCUCUGUAUUCUUCAGGCAACGUCACACGAUACCACAAGGAAAUUUCGCCGCUUCUGACGUCACGGGGCCUUGGGAAAUAGUGUUUUUCGAUACUAGUGCGCGAAGGUGGCAAUGCCUAUCUCGCGUGAAUGCGCCAUACUCGCCCUUCAACUCGUCUACGGUUCGUCUCCGGGCUCGUGCUGCGCCUUCACGCUUGUGCGGGCAUUGCCACCUUCGCGCACUAGUAUCGAAAAACACUGUUCCAUCCACAGAAUAUUCAUGUAUUCUUUCUAUAUCAUUGACAGCUUGCUUCCGCAAUUGUGGCAUACAAAUUGCUUGUUCAAAGUAGAAAGAAAGAAGAUAUACAUAUGAAUGUUAUUACUUGAAACUAAUAAAAAAAAAACAAAAAAAAUGCAAUUUGUGAUUAUUUCAAAAAAUCAGAAAGUAACGUAAAGAUAAUUAGCCUGGUUGUGAGACAAAACUUAUAUCUUUAACGAGCCGACACCGUGUCAAUAGGAAUCGGAAAGCAGAUCUUGUCAGUCAGAUUCGGAGAUUCCCAGUAUUUUGCGUAACGCAUGCCGGAAAGCCCAUGUACGCCACAUCCGAUAUUUUAUAAAUCAUUUUUUCUGGCCAACAGUGUUACAAUUUAAUACCUCUUCAUUUGGCAGUAGCGAUAUUGGCGACCAACUAUCUGUAAUCAUGAAACUGGACCAAAAUUCGAACACGAGUAUUAAGAGUUUAGAUGAUGCGUUGGAAAUCAUUGAUACAGUGGAGCAUUGCAAAGAGGAAAAUGACACAGGUACCAUGCACCUGGGAAGUGAUCGAGACACUCUGGGUACAGCCUCGGUUGAGUCAGAAAACAUCCAAACAGCACCUUAUAUAAAAAUCAUCGAACAACCAGCGAGUAAAGCUGUUCAAUUUCGGUAUAGAAAUGAAGACAGAGGCAUUUCCAUUAUUCCUGGGGUGAAUAGUACACGUGCAAAGAAAACUUACCCUAGUAUACAAAUAGAAGGCUACGAAGGUUCAGUAGCUGUCGUAGUAUCUUGUGUUACUAAAGAUUCACCGUAUAAACCGCAUCCACAUCAGUUAGUAGGUAAUGACUUCUGUAAAUACGGAUGCUACAGAGCAAAAAUUCCCCCCAAAAGUAGAAAGGUGAUAUUUGGUCAUCUUGGAAUUCAGCGUGUGAAGAGAAGCGAAAUUGAAGAAGCCUUAGAAAUGAAGGAGAAAAAGGGCGUUGACCCCUACAAGACUGGGUUUUCGCACAAAGUUACACCGAUUGAUAUCGAUAUGAAUGUAGUUAGGCUCUGUUUCGAAGUCUAUCGGGAAGGUACUACCAAAGGAUUAUUUGAUGUCCCAUUUCAACCUGUAGUUUCAGAUCCCAUUUAUAAUAAAAAGGCAUUAUCAAAAUUAAUUAUCAUUGAUCUGAGCUCCAACUAUUGCAAUGUAGAAGGCGGUAAGCAGAUAAUUCUGUUGUGUGAUAAAGUUCCCAAAGAAGAUGUUCAAGUUCGCUUUUUCGAGAAGCAAACUGGUUGGAAGUGUCAGGCAACCAUCAAAAACAUUCAUCGUCAGGUGGCGAUAUCAUUUACAGCUCCACCGUAUCACAAUUUUGAAGUGAACGAUUCUGUACCUGUCUUUGUGGAAUUAUUUAGGCCUUCAAACGGUGAUAUAAGCAAUGCGUUUCCAUUUGUAUUUCACCCUAAAAAAUCAGGAACCAAGUUACGCAGAGAAAAAAAAUAUACUUACGACAUCAGAGACAACAAAACUUAUAAGGAAAUUCAGACGGCAUCAAUUGAGUAUGGAGUUUUACAAGAAAGUAUCCAAUGUCAUGGCUAUGAAUUAACGCCCAUGGAAGUUAACCCAGAAGAUCGAAGUCGUUCACUAAACAGAAUAGUAUCUACGAGUUACAAACAGUCUAGCGAUACCCCAAUCCCUUUACCAGAACCUUCCACAGUACCUCAAACUUUCAGGUAUAUCCAGCCCCAAGAGCAACAGCAAAGAGGUCGAAAACAGCAAUACAACCUUGUUUCACCUCUCCGGUCACAGCAGCCACCAGAGAGAUGCCAAGAAGAACAAUACAACAUUCUUACACCACUCCAGCCACAGGAAAGAUGUCAAGAAGAGCAAUACAAAAUCCUUCGGCCAGAUCAGCAACAACGAAGGUGUCAACAAGAGCAAUACGACGUUCGUAAACCUCUCCAACCACAACAAAGAUGGCAAGAAUUGCAAUACGACGUUCUUAUACCUCUCCAGCCAGAGGAGCUACAACAAACAUGUCAACAAGAACAAUACGACGUUGUUAUACCUCUUCAACCACAGCAAAGAUGGCAAGAAGAGCAAUACAACAUUCCUACAGUUCUUCAACCACAGCAAAGAUGUCAAGAAGAGCAAAGCAAUGAUUUUAUGCCUCUAUGCCAGUCUCUUGAACGACACGUGAAUGAGUAGCAACUACAAGUUGUGUUAGAUACAGUAAAUGCAGAGUAACCUAGGUCGGCUUUUCCUUUACUCAUAUGGAAACUCAGGUGAGUUCCACAAUGCGAUACCAUGAAUAAUUGCAGUAAGGCAGUUGAAUAAUGGAUCAAAUAGGCGACGCCAGACAUCAUCAUUGACCUUGAAUAUGUUUGAUUAAUCAAAGAGUGUUCCUUACAUAGGUAUGUACGCACAAUGCGUGUGAGUACCUGUAGAACUUAUGAGAAAUUUAUGUAUGUAAUAAUGUGUUAGAUUGCAAAGUCAACGAGUGCAUGCACGUGAGUAAAAUCCGGCUAAUAGAAACACAUUAAUAAUAAGUUGACGGAAAAGCUGAAUUUUUUACACGUAGUGUCAUGACUACUUAGACAAGCAGAAAGUUAUUCUGUUCUCACAUAGUGAAUGACUAUUUUAAAUCACAUGUCGUCUCACAUUAAUGAAGAGACAAAAAAUAUAUAGCCUAAGAUUUUGUUGAUUUAAAUUUUUUGUUUUUGAUAAUUUAAUGGGGUGUCUUUUUUAAGUUGUGCAACAUUCAAUAGGCUAUAAUUUGGAAGCUGAUGUCAUUUUGAGGUUCCAAAUUGUACUGCCAUGUCUGGUGCAAUUCACAGCUGUUUUUGCCAAAGUUCCAAGCUAAUAACGGAAAGUUUAUUAUCACACAGAUCAGAAACAAAAAUUUCCAGUCAUACACUUGACUUAAUUUACCUUUUGGAACAACGGUUGAAAGAAUAAUGUGGAAAUUGGAUGAAAUUUUCGAAUUUUAUUAUUUAGUAGUUUAUGGAAAAAUGUCUUGGGCAUAUAUAUUUUUUUGUUUUUUUCAUUUCAAGUAUAGUUGAAGCAAAUUCGAUAGGUUGAAGACAGUUACUGUGUGACAUUAAUCAGGUUAAAGUAUAUCUAUAUGUAUCGAAAACAGCGAAAUUGAAUUGCUUAUAACUUUGAAAAUGGAAUGGAAAUGAAAAUAUAUAACCUGAUUAUUUUUAUGUACUUUACGUUGUGCACUUUUGAAAAGUGGAUUUUUUUCCAAUGAUACUUCCUUAUUCCUCGUUGAUGUUCAUCAUACCCGCGAAUCGUAAAUCUAUACUAUUACUCCGAGUAAUGAAAUAUCAAAUGAAAAAAAAUGUGUCCAGAUAAAUACAUGUACACUCUAGUCAUUUAUUGACAUUGUGAAAUGAACACUUUAUUGAAUUAAUUAAGUAUGUACCUCAAAUAAAAAAUGCUCGAUUAGAUUUUCAAAAUGUAUUUCCUUAAUAAUACAAUGAAAGACUUUUUUUUCUCUUUUGUUGUCAAAUCUGAUGGAAUGAGCAGAAAUAUAAUAUCUGUAGCAUUGUUGGUUGAAAAUGAUGAAAUGUUGAUCCUAUAUAAAUUCGCCUGGACAAGAUACAUACAAACACAAAAACCAAACUCUUACAAUUAGCAUAAGAUCUUGUUACGUUAGGUAGCAACGUGCAUAACUGUGAGCGGCAGGUCACGAUUCUAUAAUAUACCUAUAUCCAUCGCCUACGUGCCCAACAAGUACAUAUAUAUCUACAAUGUCAUAUGCACUUGUUUAUAAACGCAUGCCCGCAAUUCCGAGCCCUUUUAACGUACCCGCGAUCCUUUCUUACCCUAACAUGGGUCUAUUUUCUAGUUUUUAUUUUCUUCUGACAGAGGUGCUAGAGGUCGACA